UUCUCGUUGAUGCUUUUCGGUUGUGAACUUUUCAUCACUUUAUUUCAAAUCCUCAACUCAACACCUACCAUCUACACAACCAAUUUCUACCGCCAGGCAGCAAAUGAAAAGGGGAGAAAAGAGAGGGAAAAACUUUAGUGUUCACUAUAUUGGCAUGGCAUGGCAUCAGCAGUAGCAGACGAUUCCGAAGCAUACCAACCAAGCGACGAAUCUGAAGAUUUAAUUGAUGAACACGAAUACGAUGAUGAAGAUGAAGACGAGGACCGACCAAACCGAUGGCGCGGUCCCAAGUCUACAUGGCAACAGCAUAACAGCGAGGAAAUAGACACAAUCGCCGCGCUCAAGGAGAUCGGCGACAGGGAUUUAUCCGUGCAUUUGUAUACGGCGUUUGCGCUGAAGCAGAGGCAUCGGAAGCGACAGGAUAAGGUGGUGGGGGGACCGGUGGCAGGAAAGGACAUCAACGCGACGACCGGACAACUCGUGCAGCCAGAUGACUGGCUGCCGCAACGCGGAUGGACUGCCUGGCCGAUGCUCGCGGACAAAGUCCCGCCACCGUUGCAGGAUCACCCGAGGGCAGCAGCACGGUUGCACGAUCCGGAUGAGAGGUUCACGUUCAGGAAGCCUGUGCGCGAGAUGCCGAGCUCGGCUUUGGAGGAGCUGCUCAGCGCGCAGGUCCUGAAGGUGGCUAAGGAAAAAUUCAACGCUAGACCUUGGGCCAAACCGGAUGUAUCUAAUGAUGCUAGGGCAGAGGAAACGGAGGAGGUGGAUUAUGACGAUGAAGAGGACUCGGAGGAAGACUUGGGGACGGAGACGGCGGGGUCUACAUCUACGAGGUCUAAGUCUAGAUCAAGAUCAAGGUCCAAGUCUGUGAAGCGCGAGGAUGCUGGUGGGGAUGAGAGAAUGGAUAUUGAUGCUAAAGAAGACGACGAGCCUGAACUGCCGCCUCAUCAACGACUUCUCCAGCCAACAAUUUCGACCGAUGACGAUCUAUCAUAUAGUCUUAUGCGCCCGUCUGUCCGGCACAUCCUUGCCAAGCUAGACGCAACACUUAGGGUUCUUCACAACGCCCAAGAAGCCACACUAAACUACCAGUCAGACUCCACAGACUCGGAGGCGUCGGACUCGUCACGCCCAGACAAUCGGAGGGCAAUAUCCAGGCAACGCUCGCGGACCCCCGCCACUAGGAGUAAGACGCGAGGCAGACCCCCGGGAUCCAUGUCACACACCCCAGGCCGCGGGCGUUCGAGAGCGAGAGAGUAUACAGCGCCGCCGCCAGAAACAGACGAGGAAAGGGGCAGGGCGAAAAAAAAGGGAGCAGGAAGGCCGAGGAAGACAUACCCGCGCCUCGAAGGGGAGACAGACCGGGAGUUCGCAAUCCGUGUCGCGAGACUACGAAAGGAGCCCAAUCCCAUAUUCUCCGACGACGACGACGACGACGACAAGCAACUCAGGAGAGACAGCGGCAACUCCGGGGACGGCGAGGAAACGGCUGGCCCUUCGCCUCGCGCGCGAGCUAAGCGGAAGGGGGAAAGGGUUCCAAGUAAUAACGGGAACGACCGUCCCUCGUCCCGUGCUUCUUCGACGUCUGCGACGGGCAAGCAGAGGGAUGCAACGAAAAUGCGAACCCGCGUCGGCCUCCGCGACUGGCGAGACGUGCUCGGCGCCGCGGCCCUAGCCGGAUUCCCCGCCGACGCCGUCGAUCGCGCCGCGCGGCGGUGUGCGGACCUCUUCGGCCAGAGCAUGGUGCUGCACACCCUCCCCGAGGCCGCGCCCCCCGCCCGCAGAGGCGUACCCGGAAGAACGACUGCGUAUGUGCCCGGGAUGCCGUACCCGCCUCUCCUCGAGCCCGACGAAGAAGACGAAGGAGAAGAAGAAAACAAUAACCAGGAGCUGCAGCUCCCUAUCCGGCCAGCGCCGGGCGGAAUGACAACGGACGGCGAAGCGGGGCCCUCGCGAACAAUGGCAAGGCCAACGCGCUCCCGCAGCGUCUCCCGCCCCGUCGCAUCGCGCAGCAGCCGAUCCCGCUCCGUCGGGUCCGCGGCGCCGUACCACACGUGCACGGUCCCCGCGUGCCCGCGCGCCACCGAGGGGCAGGGGUUCGCGCGGAGGCAGAACCUCGUGCGCCAUCUUAGGCUCGUGCAUGGGGUCACUAGUACUGCCAAGAGGGGCGACGAGAGAGAGGAGGUGGACAGCGAGGAUGAGAUGCAUGGCGCCGUGCAUGUCGAUGGGUUCUUGAAGACGAUUACGAUGCGUCAGGGCUGGAGGGCGGGUGAUGUGGUAGAGGGAGGCAGGAGGAGGAGAAGGAGUGUGGGGGGGUAUGGGAGCAGGCGGGAAAGUGGGAGGAGUAGAGGAAGAGAAAGGGGAGGUGGUGGUGGUGGUGGUGAGACUAGUGGGGCGGAUGAUGAGGGAGAUGUGGUGAUGGGUGGUGGAGGUGGAGGGGGAGGUGGUUCUGGUGAGUAUUUGUAGGUAGGUAGGGACGUAGGUGGUAAGGAAGAGAUAUUGUAUUAAUGGUAUGGAGUGUGCUAUUUAAAACACCCCCCUUUCCCCCCCAUUUCUCCCCAUCCUGCUGUCACAAAUUCCCUUCCUGUGUCCAUUCUUGCCCAUGGCCUCGAGUGUCACCCCUUGUCCACCCACCCACCCACCCAUCAGCCUUCCCGAGGCUUCAAGGGUCCAUCACGACUUCGCCAACGCCUUGAUAGCAAACUGCCUCUCGACCUCCUCCGCGAAGUCCCCCAGCGUCUCGAACCGCCACCCAAACCCCACCUUCUCCCUCAGCGCCGCAUAGUCCCCCCCAAUCCCCUGGCCCCCCUUCCUGUCGCCCCCCCGCGAGAUCCACACGCUCGGCAGGCCCAGCUCCUUCGCCGGCACGUGGUCCGCGAUCAGGC